AUUUGACAUACGUCGUGAUGUCAUGUCGACUGGAAACAUUCCUGUGUUGUCGAUAACACUUUCUUUGCUCUUUUUGAAGAAGGAAGUAGCAUCAAUGAACAUUUCCACCAGCUUGCCAGAACCUAACGACGUGUUCUCCACAACAACCUCCAAGGGAUGCUACCAACAUGGUGAAGAAGACACAGAUACCAGUCAGAAACCCGUUCUGUUUUAUUUGUUCCUGUUACUACUCCUUGUACCAGUUGCCAUAGCAACUUACAUCUGCACAAGAAAGAGAAAGAAACAUCGAAAGAGGGACAGAGAUUCAGAGUUAACAACUUCUCAAAGAUUUCUGAGGAAGCAUUUUCACCAAGAUACUAGAAAAGGAAGAAGAAUACAGAUUGAGGUGUCGCCACCUUCAGAUGACGAUAAUGAUCAUCGUCGGCGAUCUUAUGGCAGGAGACGUGCUCAUACAAAUCCCUCUGGUGAUUACGAUCUUAUUACAAAUCGGGAUCACGACAUCCAUGUUUAUAGAGUAAUGAAGAAUGCAAAGAAUUGUCAUCGUUGUAGCGAAGUAUCUUCUGGAUCGGUGUUCCUGAACGAUUCAUCUCGUGGUACACCUUCGAACAUGUGUCCCCAAUCCCAGCGAAGAUCAAGUCGGCCUAGCAGCAUAAAUGGUGGUCAUUUGCUGAUGGUCCCUGCCUGUGGCCCCGGGGGGUCAAGCCGCUGUGCCUCCUACCUCACUCUUCACGGUGCCCAGGAGCCAGACCCUCAGGAUAUCGACAUGCCACGGACCCAACGUCGCCGCCAGGCACGUUCCUCGUGUAGUGAACGAGAAUGUCAUCACAGAGGACCCGCCCCCACUGCUAGAAUCUCACAACUGUACUUACAAUCCCAGAGGCCAAGCUACCACCAGUCUUUGCCCCACCCUCAGCUGAUGGAGGACAGACACAGCCAAUCCCCCAUGUAUAAUGACUAUGGAAGAUACGUCACAAGUCCGACUAUACAAAGAGGCAGACCAGAAAAAAUUGCCAAAAGUCUGCCGUUCUUAUAUGAUUUUGCUCUCGAUGGAAAGUCCUACCCUCAGCAUGAUCCAUCAAAUCGUAAAGAAUCUUGGCAAAGUGCCAGAGGAUUUGGACAUUCUCAGUCGUACGGAAAUGAAAUAACAAAUAAAAGCUGGUUUCCAAGUGAAUCUGAUAUCGCGGAGUUCUGUACGGCACAUGAAGACACGCUAAUGAAUUGUACCGAUAACACAGUUUUUGAGCACGGCCCCGAUACCUCCGAGGGCAUACCAUCCAGCCAUGGGAUCUUCAGCAGCAGUCAAACACCAGUCAAUCCAACAGGUAGACAUGUCGGGACGCCGCAGACUGUCAAGGUCCAGAAUUUCUCCGUAAGUCACGUCUACACGGCCGAGGAUACAGGCAGUAAAAAGGCUAUGUUGUUUAAUAAAAAGAAAUCUCAUUUGAGCAUUGAGUGUGAAUCAGAGUCUGUGGUGAAUACGGCUCCUCAAGACUGUACUUCCUGUGACAGCUAUAACAAUUCCUUGCAAAGACAGACGGACUUCACUAACGAAACACAGUCUCUCUUGGUAGACAAGGGAGGUCAGCAGCCACGCCUUGUUGCCGAUUAUGACAAUACCACAUUUGAGACAUCCAUGGUAGAAGUGGCACCUAGACUCAGUCUUCCAUUCCAGGAAAAUAUAGGUGACUUUCAGAUCACUGAAAACAAAAGUGUGGCUGCAAUGGUAGACCCGAACAAUAACCUUGACGGGAAAACCCGUGUACUUCUGAAAUCAACAUGUAGUGAUGUUCUGGUUCUUGAGGAGGGAGAAAGUAUGGUUUAAUCUUGAGAGGAAUGGCCUUGAGUAG